AUGCAGCAAUACAGCACCAUCGUUCUUCUUUUGGCCGCCCUACAUGGCCUACCUGCUUUUGCCGGAGUUCUUCAGAGCAACAUUGAACUAGCCUUUCUUUCCCGAACAUCAGGCCCUGUCUUAAGUCGACGAGAGCCAGUGGCACUUUUCAAUGACAGCGCCUCACCCAACAAGAACUUUGUAUCUCUGAAACAGAGACUGAAAGUGGUUCGAAGUACCACACCUACAAAUUUACCCAACGUCGACGAGGCCGCCUUCAACCAAAGUGUCACCACGGCAUGUGCCAACGCCGUCAAAAACUAUACCAGCGCCGUUAACCCCAGUGGUAUUGUUGCUUGCUACAAUGUUGCCGCCUUCGACAAUUCUACCGGUAUCUUCGAGACUGAUGUCAGGCUCUACCAGAAAUCCGCUGCCUUUGGAGAAUUCCAAGGCAUCGCGGUGUCUGAUUAUUCGAUGUCCUUCUCUAUCCCUGAAGCCACCGUAUCAUCGCCACAGUUAAUGGUUAAUGGCUCCACAUCAAACACGCCAGCUUCCGGUCAGCUUUUAAUGGGGUUUCAAAAUGUGGGCCAAUUAAGCAAGACCAUCCAAUUCUCGAAGCUCACCACCUCCGAUCUCAAAUACCUCAUGGUCCCGGCCAUCACACUCUCUGCCACCACUAAUACCGGCACUGUUGCCAACACGUCCCUGGCAUCAGACAUGAUAUCCUACGUCGCUGGCCAAUUAACCCAAGGUAACGGGGCUCCAACAAACAUCACUACGCCCGAGGCAGUCACAAUGGCAACCGCCAUCGCCGCCUCUGCAUCUGUCUUUGUUUUGCCAGGCACAAAUAUCAUGGUGGCCCCUGUGGGUCUGAUAAUUACAUGCAUCUGGUCUGGACUGCUUAUUGCCGCUGUCGGUGCUGGGACGAUCGGCCGAUUUCAGUAUCGCAUGCAAUAUCGCCGUGCCCAACCUGGCGAGACCUCCGCCUUUGGAAAAUAG